CUGGGAAGGUGAAACGAAAGCUGCUGCAAGGUCCACAAGUGAAGACAGAGGGAUUCCUGGGGCGGAUCCAGCCAGGACCAGCAUCCCAGCAAGAUGGAGAAGGAGGAGGAGACCCGGGAGAUCCUGCUCCCCAACUGGCAGGGCAGCGGCUCCCACGGCAUCACCAUCGACCAGACGGAUGACGGGGUCUUCGUCAAGCGAGUGCAGCAAAACUCCCCGGCUGCCAAGAUGGGCGUCGUGAAGGAAGGGGAUCAGAUCGUGAGCGCCACGGUCUAUUUUGACAACCUGCAAUCCGGGGAAGUCACGCAGCUGCUCAACAGCAUGGGCCACCACACGGUGGGCUUGCGCUUGCAACGGAAAGGGGACAAGUCUCCGCUGCCGGGACAGUCAUGGUCACACGACGUGUUUGCGGCCAGCAGCCCAGAAGUCGUUCUGAGCGGAGAUGACGAGGAGUACAGGAGGAUUUACACAACGAAAAUCAAACCCCGGCUGAAGUCGGAGGAGGCGGUGGAAGCGGAGUGCGGCGGAACGCAGAGCAGGACCAUUACGGUCACCAGAAAAGUGACGGCAUACACCGUCGAUGUCACCAGGCAUGACGGAGCAAAAGAUGUCGACGUCGUCGGCCCAGACUUUAAAAUCCGGAUCCCCACCCAGGAGAUCACCCACGUGAUGAAGACCGACGUGGAAACGGAGCCUGGGAAAACCGUGAUCAAAAUGGCACCGGGGGAUCUGCCUGGGAGAAGCACCCAAGCCACAGACCGGAGCAUGGACAUCAGAGGGGCACCUCCUGGACCAACGGCUGAAUCGUCCGCCCAGAAGCUGGAUGUCCACCUCGGCGAGGCUCGGUUCGGGAAGCCCGGGAUAACCCUGUCGGGAACGCAAAUGAUGGGCGUUCACCUGAGGACUCAGACGGACCCUACGCUGCCGGGGAGCCAAGUUCCUGCUGGGGAAACUGGAAAAUCUGUUACCGUGGAGAUGCCGGGGCGUAACGUUUCCGGCACGGCGUUCCUGGGCCCCCAGGGCAGCUCGCCCAGAAUCGAAGCCAAUGGACAGAUGGGAAACCUGGACGCAGGUUUUCACGUCAAGGGUCCCAGGUUGGACGGCAAAGGACACGUUUCUGGCGUGGAUGUCCAAGGGGAGCUGCGGGGGGGGAUGCUGUCACACGCCGAUGCUUCUGCCCCUUGUCUUCAGGGAGAUAUCAAAGCCCCCGGAGUUGACGUUUCUCUACCGGCGAUGGAAAAUCCAGCUGUUGAUGUGGGAAAAAUCAAGAUUCCCGUUUUGAAAAUGCCCAGAUUUGGGUUCCAGACCGCAGGAUCUGGCAUCGAAGCUCAAGCCCCGCAGGUGGGCACCGACGUGCCCGUGCCGAAGCCGCAGGCUCCCUGCGUAGACGUUGCCUCCUCAUCUGUCCACAUCACAGGACCUGAAGUUUCAGCUCCUUCAGUUAAAUUCUCAAAGCCGCAGGUGGACAUGGGGUUGAAGGGUGCUGUGAAGGUUCCCUCGCCAGGACUGGAGGUCCCCGGCGUGGCUAUCAAAGGACCCAGCGUAGAGCUCCCGGCUUCUGAUGCAGAUGUUCACGGUGGCAAGGGAAAACUCAAAAUCCCGCACAUGACCGUCCCAAAAUUUACUGCCUUGGACUCGCAAGGGGAAGGUCCCGUCCUGGAAAUGGUGCUCCCAAAGGGCGAGGUGGGACCAGCAGCAUCCAAGGUCAACGUCGGCGUUCCCGAUGUGGCCAUCAAAGGAGAGUGGAAAGGCCCCCAGUUCAAGAAGGUUGAAACGCCCCAAAUCUCUCUGUCGGAUGUAAACCUGAACCUGAAAGGCCCUCAGGUGAAGGGAGAUAUGGGUGUCGCGGUCCCCAGAGUGGAAGGGGAUGUCAAAGGAGUUGGCUCUAAGGGUCUCACGAUGGACGUAAAGGCUCCUGAUGUGGAAUUUGAAAGCCCAGAAGGUUAUCUGAAAGGGCCCAGUAUAUCUGCCCCAGGUAUGGACAUUAAUGUGAAGGGACCUAAGCUUAAGGGAGAAGUGGAUGUUUCUAUCCCAAAGAUGGGUGGCAACCUGAAAGGACCUCAGCUUGACAUUAAAGGCCCCAGAGUGGGAAUGGACAUGCCUGAUGUAGAGGUCAAAGGCCCCAAAGUUACGAUGCCAGAGGUACAUGUCAAGACCCCCCAGAUCUCCAUGCCUGACAUCGACUUGAACCUGAAAGGUCCCAGGGCGAAAGGAGACCUGGAUGUUUCUGCCCCAAAACUGGAAGGGGAGCUGAAAGCACCUGGGCUUGACAUCAAAGGCCCCAAGGUUGACAUCGAAGCGCCAGACGUGGACGUCCACGGUCCGGAGGGCAAACUGAAGAUGCCUAAGCUGAAAAUGCCCAAGUUUGGGGUGCCCGGCCUGAAGGGAGAGGGCCCCGACCUUGACGUGACGCUUCCGAAGGGUGAAGUGGACGUUUCUGGUCCCAGGGUAGAUAUUGACUUGCCAAGCGUGGACGUCAAAGGGCCGGAAGGAAAACUGAAGGGCCCCAAAGUGAAGAUGCCCGAGAUGCACAUCACAGCUCCGAAGGUCUCUGUGCCAGACGUAGAUCUGAACCUGAAAGGCCCCAAGCUGAAGGGUGAUGUGGAUGUUUCGGCGGUAGGAGCUGAUUUGAAGGGUCCUGAGCUGGAGCUCAAAGGCCCCAAGGUUGACAUCGAAGCGCCAGACGUGGACAUUCACGGUCCGGAGGGCAAACUGAAGAUGCCUAAGCUGAAAAUGCCCAAGUUUGGGGUGCCCGGCCUGAAGGGAGAGCGCCCCGACCUUGACGUGACGCUUCCGAAGGGUGAGGUGGACGUUUCUGGUCCUAGCGUAGAUAUCGAUGUGCCAAGCGUGGGCGUCAAAGGGCCAGAAGGAAAACUGCAAGGCCCCAAGGUUACGAUGCCCGAGAUGAGCUUCAAGACCCCCCAGAUAUCCAUGCCUGACAUCGACUUGAACCUGAGGUCCAGGGCGAAAGGAGACCUGGAUGUUUUCUGCCCCAAAACUGGAAGGGGAGCUGAAGCACCUGGGCUUGACAUCAAAGGCCCCAAGGUUGACAUUGAAGCGCCAGACGUGGACAUUCACGGUCCAGGGGGCAAACUGAAGAUGCCUAAGCUGAAAAUGCCCAAGUUUGGGGUGCCCGGCCUGAAGGGAGAGGGCCCCGACCUUGACGUGACGCUUCCGAAGGGUGAGGUGGACGUUUUUGGUCCCAGGGUAGAUAUUGACUUGCCAAGCGUGGACGUCGAAGGGCCGGAAGGAAAACUGAAGGGCCCCAAAGUGAAGAUGCCCGAGAUGCACAUCACAGCUCCGAAGGUCUCUGUGCCAGACGUAGAUCUGAACCUGAAAGGCCCCAAGCUGAAGGGUGAUGUGGAUGUUUCCGUUCCCGCGGUAGGAGCUGAUUUGAAGGGUCCUGAGCUGGAGCUCAAAGGCCCCAAGGUUGACAUCGAAGCGCCAGAUGUGGACAUUCACGGUCCAGAGGGCAAACUGAAGAUGCCUAAGCUGAAAAUGCCCAAGUUUGGGGUGCCCGGCCUGAAGGGAGAGCGCCCCGACCUUGACGUGACGCUUCCGAAGGGUGAGGUGGACAUUUCUGGUCCCAGGGUAGAUAUUGAUGUGCCAAGUGUGGACAUCGAAGGGCCAGAAGGAAAAGGAAAAGGUCUCAAAUUUAAAAUGCCUGAACUAAACAUUCAGACACCAAAACUGUCCAUGCCAGAUGUAGAUCUCAGUUUGAAGGCCCCCAAACUGAAAGGAGAUGCAGAUAUUUCUGGUCCGAAGACCUCUGUAGAUCUGAAGGGCCAGGGCCCCAAAAUAGAGGUGGAAGGUCCCAAAGUGGAUGUCGAUAUGCCUGAGGUAGACUUGGAAUGUCCAGAAGGGAAAAUAAAAGGCCCCAAAUUUAAGAUGCCUAAGCUUAAUAUCAAGGCACCUAAAAUAUCCAUGCCGGAUGUAGAUUUGAACUUAAAGGGACAUAUGAAAGGAGAGAUGGAUGUUUCUCUUCCAAAGAUAGAAGGUGACUUGAAAGAAUCUGGCGUUAGUAUCAAGGGACCGAAAAUAGAUGUUGAGGUCCCAGAUGUCAACCUGGAGUGUCCAGAAGGCAACCUGAAAAUGCCCCAAAUGAAAUUGCCUCAUUUUAAUGUGUCUGGCCCGAAGUUUGAGGGAGCCGAUAUAGACGUCAACCUGCCAAAAGGAGAGAUAGAUAUUUCUGGGCCAGAGGCAGAUAUUGAAGGGCCAGAGCUGGAUGUUGGAGGACCAGAAGGAAAAUGGAAAGGCCCCAAGUUCAGGAUGCCAAAGCUGAAUAUCAAAACACCUAAAAUAUCCAUGCCAGAUGUAGAUUUGAACCUAAAGGGACCUAAAGUGAAAGGAGAAAUGGACAUUGCAGCUCCUAAGAUAGAAGGUGAUUUGAAAGGGCCACAAAUAGACAUUAAGGGGCCAAAACUAGAUGUUGAGGCACCCAAUAUUGAUUUGGAGUGCCCCGAAGGAAAACUGAAAGGCCCCAAAUUCAAGAUGCCCGAGAUGCACAUCAAAGCACCCAAGAUCUCCAUGCCCGAUGUGGACUUCAAUCUGAAAGGGCCCAGCGUGAAAGGGGAUAUUGAAGUCUCAGCUCCCAAGCUCGAGGGUGACCUGAAGGGUCCCGAGGUGGACAUCAAGGGCCCCAAAGUCGACAUUGAGGCACCCGACGUGGACAUUCACGGCCCAGAAGGAAAAUUCAAAAUGCCCAAGUUCAAAAUGCCCAAGUUUGGGAUGCCGGGGCUGAAAGCAGAGGGCCCGGAGGUGGACGUGAACCUGCCGACAGAAAGCCUGGAUGUUUCUGGUCCAAAGGUGGACAUUGAAGGUCCGGAGCUGGACAUUGAAGGUCCAGAAGGAAAACUGAAAGGUCCCAAAUUUAAGAUGCCUGAGAUGCACAUCAAGACACACAAGAUCUCCAUGCCCGACGUUGACUUGAAUCUAAAGGGCCCCAAAGUGAAGGGUGGUGUGGAUGUGUCGGUUCCCAAGCUGGAAGGUGACCUGAAGGGUCCCGAGGUGGACAUCAAAGGCCCCAAAGUCGACAUUGAGGCACCCGACGUGGACAUUCACGGCCCAGAAGGAAAAUUCAAAAUGCCCAAGUAAAUGCCCAAGUUUGGGAUGCCUGGCUUCAAAGCAGAGGGCCCGGAGGUGGACGUGAACCUGCCGACAGGAAGCCUGGAUGUUUCUGGUCCAAAGGUGGAUAUCGAAGGUCCAGAGCUGGACAUUGAAGGGCCAGAGGGAAAACUGAAGGGUCCCAAAUUUAAGAUGCCCGAGAUGCACAUCAAGACACCCAAGAUCUCCAUGCCUGACAUUGACUUGAACCUGAAAGGCCCCAAAGUGAAGGGGGAUGUGGACAUUUCUGUUCCCAAGCUGGAAGGUGACCUGAAGGGCCCUGAGAUUGACAUUAAAGGCCCCAAAGUUGAUGUUGACCUUCCUGAUGUUGAGCUGGAAGGCCCUGAAGGGAAGCUGAAGGGCCCCAAGUUCAAGAUGCCCGAGAUGCACUUCAAGGCACCCAAGGUCUCCAUGCCCGAUGUGGACUUCAAUCUGAAGGGCCCCAAGCUGAAGGGGGAUGUGGACGUGUCUGUUCCCAAGCUGGAAGGUGACCUGAAGGGUCAGGUGGACAUCAAAGGCCCCAAAGUUGACAUUGAGGCACCCGACGUGGACAUUCAAGGCCCAGAAGGAAAAUUCAAAAUGCCCAAGUUCAAAAUGCCCAAGUUUGGGAUGCCUGGCUUCAAAGCAGAGGGCCCAGAGGUGGACGUGAACCUGCCGACAGGAAGCCUGGAUGUUUCUGGUCCAAAGGUGGAUAUUGAAGGUCCAGAGGUGGACAUUGAAGGUCCAGAGGGGAAGUUGAAGGGCCCCAAGUUCAAGAUGCCCGAGAUGCACAUCAAGACACCCAAGAUCUCCAUGCCUGACAUUGACUUGAACCUGAAGGGCCCCAAAGUGAAGGGGGAUGUGGACGUGUCAUGUCCCAAGCUGGAAGGUGACCUGAAGGGUCCUGGAAUUGACAUUAAAGGCCCCAAAGUCGAUGUAGACCUUCCUGAUGUUGAGCUGGAAGGCCCUGAAGGGAAGCUGAAGGGCCCCAAGUUCAAGAUGCCCGAGAUGCACAUCAAGGCACCCAAGAUCUCCAUGCCUGACGUGGACUUCAAUCUGAAGGGCCCCAAGCUGAAGGGGGAUGUGGACGUGUCGGUUCCCAAGCUCGAGGGUGACCUGAAGGGUCCCGAGGUGGACAUCAAAGGCCCCAAAGUCGACAUUGAGGCACCCGACGUGGACAUUCACGGCCCGGAAGGAAAAUUCAAAAUGCCCAAGUUCAAAAUGCCCAAGUUUGGGAUGCCGGGGCUGAAAGGAGAAGGCCCAGAGGUGGACGUGAACCUGCCGACAGGAAGCCUGGAUGUUUCUGGUCCAAAGGUGGAUAUCGAAGGUCCAGAGCUGGACAUUGAAGGGCCAGAGGGAAAACUGAAAGGUCCCAAAUUUAAGAUGCCUGAGAUGCACAUCAAGACACCCAAGAUCUCCAUGCCUGACAUUGACUUGAACCUGAAAGGCCCCAAAGUGAAGGGCGAUGUGGACAUUUCUGUUCCCAAGCUGGAAGGUGACCUGAAGGGUCCCGAGGUGGACAUCAAAGGCCCCAAAGUCGACAUUGAGGCACCCGAUGUGGACAUUCACGGCCCAGAAGGAAAAUUCAAAAUGCCCAAGUUCAAAAUGCCCAAGUUUGGGAUGCCGGGGCUGAAAGGAGAAGGCCCAGAAGUUGAUGUGAAACUCCCAAAAGGGGAUGUUGAUGUUUCCGUCCCAAAGGUAGAUAUCGAGUUGCCGAGUGUGGACAUUGAGGGUCCUGAAGGAAAACUGAAAGGUCCCAAAUUUAAGAUGCCGGAGAUGCACAUCAAGGCACCCAAGAUCUCCAUGCCUGACAUUGACUUGAACCUGAAAGGUCCCAAAGCGAAGGGAGAUGCUGAUGUUUCUGUUCCAAAAUUAGAGGGUGACUUGAAAGGACCUGAUGUGACUAUUAAAGGGCCAAAGUUGGAUGUUGAUGUUCCUGAUCUUGAUGUUGAAGGUCCUGAGGGAAAAUGGAAAGGACCCAAGAUAAAAAUGCCAGAUAUGCAUAUCAAGGCACCUAAAUUUUCUAUGCCUGAUGUAGACCUCAACUUGAAAGGUCCCAAAAUGAAGGGAGACAUGGAGGUUUCUGUACCAAAAAUAGAAGGUGAUGUGAAAGGGCCGGAUCUGGAACUUAAAGGGCCCAAAGUGGACAUAGAAGUUCCUGACAUUGACGUUGAAGGCCCAGAAGGAAAGCUAAAGGGUCCCAAGUUUAAGAUGCCCGACAUGCAUUUCAAAGCCCCCAAAAUCUCCAUGCCAGACUUUGAUCUCAACCUGAAAGGCCCCAAAGUGAAGGGGGAUGUGGACGUUUCUGUUCCAAAACUUGAGGGUGAUGUGAAAGGCCCAGACAUUGACAUCAAAGGCCCUCAACUGGAUGUUAAUGUUCCUGAUGUUGACCUAGAAUGUCCAGAAGCAAAGGUUAAAGGCCCCAAGUUCAAGAUGCCCGAGAUGCACUUCAAGACACCGAAAAUCUCCAUGCCCGACAUCGAUUUGAAUCUGAAAGGUCCUAAGCUGAAGGGAGACGUGGAUGUUUCUGCCCCCAAGCUAGAGGGUGACUUAAAAGGCCCAGAUAUGGAUAUCAAAGGUCCUAAAUUGGAUAUACAAGCUCCUGAUGUGGAUAUUGAGAUCCCUGAGGGGAAGCUGAGGGGCCCCAAAUUUAAGAUGCCUGAGAUGCAUUUUAAGGCUCCCAAGAUCUCCAUGCCGGACUUUGACCUGAACCUGAAAGGCCCGAAAGGGAAAGGGGAUGUCGAUGUUUCCAUUCCCAAGUUAGAAGGCGACCUGAAAGGGCCUGAGGUUACAGUAAAAGCUCCAGAAGUGGACAUAGAGGCUCCAGAUGUUGAGCUAGAAUGUCCAGAAGGAAAGCUAAAGGGUCCCAAGUUUAAGAUGCCCGACAUGCAUUUCAAAGCCCCCAAAAUCUCCAUGCCAGACUUUGAUCUCAACCUGAAAGGCCCCAAAGUGAAGGGGGAUGUGGAUGUUUCUGUUCCAAAACUUGAAGGUGAUUUGAAAGGCCCAGACAUUGACAUCAAAGGCCCAAAACUGGAUGUAGACCUUCCUGACGUUGAGUUGGAAGGUCCUGAAGGGAAGCUGAAGGGCCCCAAGUUCAAGAUGCCGGAGAUGCACUUCAAGGCACCCAAGAUCUCCAUGCCUGACAUUGACUUGAACCUGAAAGGCCCCAAGCUGAAGGGGGAUGUGGACAUUUCUGUUCCCAAGCUGGAAGGUGACUUGAAGGGCCCCGAGGUGGACAUCAAGGGCCCCAAAGUCGAUGUAGACCUUCCUGAUGUUGAGCUGGAAGGCCCUGAAGGGAAGCUGAAGGGCCCCAAGUUCAAGAUGCCCGAGAUGCACUUCAAGGCACCCAAGGUCUCCAUGCCUGACGUGGACUUCAAUCUGAAGGGCCCCAAAGUGAAGGGAGAUGUGGACGUGUCUGUUCCCAAGCUGGAAGGUGACCUGAAGGGCCCUGAGAUUGACAUUAAAGGCCCCAAAGUUGAUGUAGACCUUCCUGAUGUGGAGUUGGAAGGCCCUGAAGGGAAGCUGAAGGGCCCCAAGUUCAAGAUGCCGGAGAUGCACUUCAAGGCACCCAAGUUCUCCAUGCCUGACGUUGACUUCAAUCUGAAGGGCCCCAAGCUGAAGGGGGAUGUGGAUGUUUCUGUCCCUAAGCUGGAAGGUGACCUGAAGGGUCCCGAGGUGGACAUCAAAGGCCCCAAAGUCGACAUUGAGGCACCCGACGUGGACAUUCAAGGCCCAGAAGGAAAAUUCAAAAUGCCCAAGUUCAAAAUGCCCAAGUUUGGGAUGCCUGGCUUCAAAGCAGAAGGCCCAGAGGUGGACGUGAACCUGCCGACAGGAAGCCUGGAUGUUUCUGGUCCGAAGGUGGACAUUGAAUGUCCGGAGGUGGACAUCGAAGGUCCAGAGGGCAAGCUGAAGGGCCCCAAGUUCAAGAUGCCCGAGAUGCACAUCAAGGCACCCAAGUUCUCCAUGCCCGAUGUGGACUUCAAUCUGAAGGGCCCCAAGCUGAAGGGGGAUGUGGACGUGUCAGCUCCCAAGCUUGAGGGUGACCUGAAGGGUCCCGAGGUGGACAUCAAGGGCCCCAAAGUCGACAUUGAGGCACCCGACGUGGACAUUCAUGGCCCAGAAGGAAAAUUCAAAAUGCCCAAGUUCAAAAUGCCCAAGUUUGGGAUGCCGGGGCUGAAAGGAGAAGGCCCAGAGGUGGACGUGAACCUGCCGACAGGAAGCCUGGAUGUUUCUGGUCCAAAGGUGAAUAUCGAAGGUCCGGAGGUGGACAUCGAAGGGCCAGAGGGAAAACUGAAAGGUCCCAAAUUUAAGAUGCCCGAGAUGCACAUCAAGACACCCAAGAUCUCCAUGCCUGACAUUGACUUGAACCUGAAAGGCCCCAAAGUGAAGGGGGAUGUGGACAUUUCUGUUCCCAAGCUGGAAGGUGACCUGAAGGGCCCUGGAAUUGACAUUAAAGGCCCCAGAGUUGAUGUUGACCUUCCUGAUGUUGAGCUGGAAGGCCCUGAAGGGAAGCUGAAGGGCCCCAAGUUCAAGAUGCCAGAAAUGCACAUCAAGGCACCCAAGAUCUCCAUGCCCGAUGUUGACUUCAAUCUGAAGGGCCCCAAGCUGAAGGGGGAUGUGGACGUGUCAGUUCCCAAGCUGGAAGGUGACCUGAAGGGUCCUGAGUUGGACAUCACAGGCCCCAAAGUCGACAUUGAGGCACCCGACGUGGACAUCCAAGGCCCAGAAGGAAAAUUCAAAAUGCCCAAGUUCAAAAUGCCCAAGUUUGGGAUGCCUGGCUUCAAAGCAGAGGGCCCAGAGGUGGACGUGAACCUGCCAACAGGAAGCCUGGAUGUUUCUGGUCCGGAGGUGGACAUUGAAGGUCCGGAGGUGGACAUCGAAGGGCCAGAGGGAAAACUGAAGGGCCCCAAAUUCAAGAUGCCUGAGAUGCACAUCAAGGCACCCAAGAUCUCCAUGCCCGAUGUUGACUUCAAUCUGAAAGGCCCCAAAGUGAAGGGGGAUGUGGACAUUUCUGUUCCCAAGAUGGAAGGAGACUUGAAGGGCCCCGAGGUGGACAUCAAGGGCCCCAAAGUCGAUGUAGACCUUCCUGAUGUUGAGCUGGAAGGCCCUGAAGGGAAGCUGAAGGGCCCCAAGUUCAAGAUGCCUGAGAUGCACUUCAAGGCACCCAAGAUCUCCAUGCCCGAUGUGGACUUCAAUCUGAAGGGCCCCAAGCUGAAGGGGGAUGUGGACGUGUCGGUUCCCAAGCUGGAAGGUGACCUGAAGGGUCCUGAGUUGGACAUCAAGGGCCCCAAAGUCGACAUUGAGGCACCCGACGUGGACAUUCAAGGCCCAGAAGGAAAAUUCAAAAUGCCCAAGUUCAAAAUGCCCAAGUUUGGGAUGCCGGGGCUGAAAGCAGAAGGCCCAGAGCUGGACGUGAACCUGCCGACAGGAAGCCUGGAUGUUUCUGGUCCAAAGGUGGAUAUCGAAGGUCCAGAGGUGGACAUUGAAGGUCCAGAGGGGAAGUUGAAGGGCCCCAAGUUCAAGAUGCCCGAGAUGCACAUCAAGGCACCCAAGAUUUCCAUGCCCGACGUUGACUUCAAUCUGAAAGGCCCCAAAGUGAAGGGGGAUGUCGACAUUUCUCUUCCCAAGCUGGAAGGUGACCUGAAGGGUCCCGAGGUGGACAUCAAAGGCCCCAAAGUCGACAUUGAGGCACCUGACGUGGACAUUCACGGCCCAGAAGGUAAAAUAAAAAUGCCCAAGUUCAAAAUGCCCAAGUUUGGGAUGAAAGGAGAAGGCCCAGACGUUGAUGUAAGCCUACCUGAAGCAGAUGUUGCUAUUUCAGGUCCAAAGGUUGAUGUUACUGUUCCUGAUCUGGACAUCGAAGGACCAGAAGGAAAACUUAAGGGCCCUAAAUUUAAGAAGCCUGACAUGCAAUUUAAUGUUCCUAAAAUCUCCAUGCCAGAUAUUGACUUAAAUUUGAAAGGCCCCAAACUGAAAGCUGACAUUGAUCCUUCUGUUCCCAAAAUAGAGGGUGAGCUGAAAAGUCCUAAACUAGACAUCAAAGGGCCAGAACUUGAGCUUGAGGGACCGAAGCUUGAUCUAGAAGGAAAGACUAAAAAAUCCAGGUUUAAACUUCCAAAAUUUGGCUUUUCUGGUCCUAAAGUGCAAAGCCCUGAUGUGGAUGUGAAACUUAAAAAACCUGACAUUGAAAUAUCUGGUCCGAAAGUUGAUGUUCAUGCUCCAGAUGUGGAUGUACAGGCAAAAUCGAAAGGGUCAAAAUUUAAAAUGCCUUUCCUGAGUAUUUCAUCACCUAAAGUUUCAAUGCCAGACGUAGAGCUAAAUCUGAAGGGGCAUAAACUAAAAGGAGAUUUAGAUGUUUCCAGCCCCAAGUUGGAAGGGGAACUGAAAGGUCCCGAGGUGGACAUCAAGGGCCCCAGUGUCAACAUUGAGGCACCUGACGUGGACGUUCAUGGGCCAGAGGGUAAACUCAAAAUGCCAAAGUUCAAAAUGCCUAAAUUUGGUGUGUCUGGGUUUAAGGCUGAGGGGCCAGAGGUGGACGUUAGCAUCCCAAAAGGAGAGCUGGAUGUUUCAGGUCCCAAGCUGGAUAUCGAAGGUGGUGGUUUGGAAAUUGAAGGGCCAGAGGGGAAGCUCAAGGGCCCCCAAUUUAAGAUGCCAGAAGUGAACCUCAAGGCACCCAAGAUCUCUAUGCCCGACAUUGACCUGAACCUGAAAGGCCCCAAAGCAAAGGCAGAUGUGGACGUCUCUCUUCCCCAGGUGGAUCUGAAGGGCUCAGAUUUGCAUGUGAAAGGACCAAAAGUGGAUGUAGAGGUUCCUGAUCUUGCCAUUGAAGGUCCCAAAGGAAAACUGAAAGGCCCCAAAUUUAAAAUGCCCGAAAUGAAUAUCAAAGCUCCCAAUAUUUCCAUGCCAGACUUUGAUUUGAAUUUGAAAGGCCCCAAGUCAAAAGGAGGUGUGGAUGUCGAUCUUUCAGUGCCAAAACUGGAAGGGGACUUGAAUGUGCCGGACAUUAAUAUCAAAGGACCAAAGGUUGACAUUGAUGCUCCUGAGCUGGAUGUUGAAGGGCCAGAAGGAAAACUGAAAGGUCCCAAGUUUAAAAUGCCGGAGAUGCACAUAAAAGCUCCCAAAAUUUCAAUGCCUGAUGCUAGCUUAAAUCUCAAAGGUCCCAAGCUGAAGGGUGAUAUAGAUGUUUCUGCUCCAAAGCUAGAAGGGGAUCUGAAGGCUCCUGACAUCAAUAUCGGAGGCCCCAAGGUUGACAUCGAUGUACCAGAUGUAGACAUUCACGGCCCAGAGGGUAAACUCAAAAUGCCCAAGUUCAAAAUGCCCAAGUUUUGGAUGCCUGGCUUCAAAGCAGAGGGCCCAGAGGUGGACGUGAACCUGCCGACAGGAAGCCUGGAUGUUUCUGGUCCAAAGGUGGACAUUGAAGGUCCAGAAGUGGACAUCGAAGGGCCGGAGGGAAAACUGAAGGGCCCCAAGUUCAAGAUGCCCGAGAUGCACAUCAAGGCACCCAAGAUCUCGAUGCCUGACAUUGACUUGAACCUGAAAGGCCCAAAAGUGAAGGGAGACGUGGACGUGUCUGUUCCCAAGCUGGAAGGUGACCUGAAGGGUCCUGAACUGGAUAUAAAAGGACCCAAAGUAGACAUAGAUGUUCCUGAUGUGGAGAUUGAAGGACCAGAAGGAAAACUGAAAGGCCCUAAAUUGAAGAUGCCAGAGAUGCAUUUUAAGGCUCCUAAAAUUUCUAUGCCAGACUUUGAUUUGAACCUGAAAGGCCCGAAAGUGAAGGGGGAUGUGGAUGUGUCUGUGCCGUGUGCGGAAGGUGACCUGAAAGGGCCAAAAGUUGAGGUUAAAGGUCCUGAGUUUGAUGUUAGUGCCCCAGAUGUUCACAUUGAGGGCCCAGAAGGAAAGCUAAAGGGUCCCAAGUUUAAGAUGCCCGACAUGCAUUUCAAAGCCCCCAAAAUCUCCAUGCCAGACUUUGAUCUCAACCUGAAAGGCCCCAAAGUGAAGGGGGAUGUGGAUGUUUCUGUUCCAAAACUUGAAGGUGAUUUGAAAGGCCCAGACAUUGACAUCAAAGGCCCAAAAGUGGAUGUAGACCUUCCUGACGUUGAGUUGGAAGGUCCUGAAGGGAAGCUGAAGGGCCCCAAGUUCAAGAUGCCGGAGAUGCACUUCAAGGCACCCAAGAUCUCCAUGCCUGACAUUGACUUGAACCUGAAAGGCCCCAAGCUGAAGGGGGAUGUGGACAUUUCUGUUCCCAAGCUGGAAGGUGACUUGAAGGGCCCCGAGGUGGACAUCAAGGGCCCCAAAGUCGAUGUAGACCUUCCUGAUGUUGAGCUGGAAGGCCCUGAAGGGAAGCUGAAGGGCCCCAAGUUCAAGAUGCCCGAGAUGCACUUCAAGGCACCCAAGGUCUCCAUGCCUGACGUGGACUUCAAUCUGAAGGGCCCCAAAGUGAAGGGGGAUGUGGACGUGUCGGUUCCCAAGAUGGAAGGUGACCUGAAGGGUCCCGAGUUGGACAUCACGGGCCCCAAAGUCGACAUUGAGGCACCCGACGUGGACAUUCAAGGCCCAGAAGGAAAAUUCAAAAUGCCCAAGUUCAAAAUGCCCAAGUUUGGGAUGCCUGGCUUCAAAGCAGAGGGCCCAGAGGUGGACGUGAACCUGCCGACAGGAAGCCUGGAUGUUUCUGGUCCGAAGGUGGACAUUGAAUGUCCGGAGGUGGACAUUGAAGGUCCGGAGGGAAAACUGAAAGGUCCCAAAUUUAAGAUGCCGGAGAUGCACAUCAAGGCACCCAAGAUCUCCAUGCCUGACAUUGACUUGAACCUGAAAGGCCCCAAAGUGAAGGGAGAUGUGGACAUGUCAGGUCCCAAGUUGGAAGGUGACCUGAAGGGCCCUGAGAUUGACAUUAAAGGCCCCAAAGUUGAUGUUGACUUUCCUGAUGUUGAGCUGGAAGGCCCUGAAGGGAAGCUGAAGGGCCCCAAGUUCAAGAUGCCCGAGAUGCACUACAAGGCACCCAAGGUCUCCAUGCCCGAUGAGGACUUCAAUCUGAAGGGCCCCAAGCUGAAGGGGGAUGUGGACAUGUCUGUUCCCAAGCUGGAAGGUGACCUGAAGGGUCCCGAGGUGGACAUCAAAGGCCCCAAAGUCGACAUUGAGGCACCUGACGUGGACAUUCAAGGCCCAGAAGGAAAGUUCAAAAUGCCCAAGUUCAAAAUGCCCAAGUUUGGGAUGCCGGGGCUGAAAGCAGAGGGCCCGGAGGUGGACGUGAACCUGCCGACAGGAAGCCUGGAUGUUUCUGGUCCAAAGGUGGACAUUGAAUGUCCGGAGGUGGACAUCGAAGGGCCAGAGGGCAAGCUGAAGGGCCCCAAGUUCAAGAUGCCUGAGAUGCACAUCAAGGCACCCAAGAUCUCCAUGCCUGACAUUGACUUGAACCUGAAAGGCCCCAAAGUGAAGGGGGAUGUGGAGGUUCCUGCACCUGAUCUGGAAGGCGCUAAGGUUGAGAUUGAGGCCCCUGACAUUGACAUCAAAGGCCCUGAAGGGAAGCUGAAGGGCCCCAAGUUCAAGAUGCCGGAGAUGCACUUCAAGGCUCCCAAAAUCUCCAUGCCAGAUUUCGAUCUGAACCUGAAAGGUCCCAAAGUUAAAGGAGAUGUAGACAUGUCUGUAUCAGGUGUUGAAUGUGAACUGAAAGGUCCAGAGGUCAAUAUCGGUGCUCCUAAAUUAGACAUAGGUGCCCCUGAUGUUGAUAUUGACAGCCCCGAGGGUAAAUUCAAGCUGCCUAAAUUCAAAAUGCCCAAGUUUUCCAUGCCUGGCUUUAAAGGAGGAGUGGACGUGGAUGUGAACCUCCCAAAGGGAGACAUUGACAUUUCAGGCCGCAUAAAUGUAGAGGCUCCUGAUCUGAACGUGGAUGGCAUCAAAGGUCCCAAAUUUACGAUGCCUGAAAUGCACAUUAAGGCUCCCAAGGUCUCCAUCCCUGAUGUCGACUUCAACAUCAAGGGGCCUCAGCUGAAAGGAGAUGUAGAUAUUUCUGGACCCAGGCUUGAAGGUGAUUUGAAAGCACCCCAAAUUGAUGUGAAAGCCCCCCAAAUAGACAUUGAGGCUCCCGAUGUGACCAUUGAAGGGCCAGAAGGGAAACUCAAAGGCCCCAAAUUCAAGAUGCCAGAAAUGCACAUCAAGGCGCCCAAGUUCUCUAUGCCUGACGUUGACUUUAAUCUGAAAGGCCCCAAGCUGAAGGGAGACGUGGAUGUCUCGGCACCGAAGUUGGAAGGCGAUUUGCAGUGCCCAGAUGUUGACAUUAAAGGCCCCAAGUUGGACAUUGAGGCGCCUGACGUGAACAUCGAAGGACCGGAUGGCAAACUGAAAGGGCCCAGGAUCAAGAUGCCAGAAAUGCACGUCAAGACCCCCCAGAUCUCCAUGCCAGACAUCGACUUGAACCUAAAGGGACUGAGGCUGAAAGGCGAUGCUGACCUUCAGGGCCCAAAGCUCGAGGGAGGUCUGAAGGGUCCUGAAGUUGAUAUUAAGGGCCCCAAAGUAGCUAUCGAGGGCCCAGAGGUUGAUGUUGAUGGUCUGGAGGGAAAAAUGAAGCUGCCUAAAAUGAAGCUGCCCAAGUUUGGCUUUAAAGGAGAAGGUCCUGACGUGGAUGUGAACCUGCCAAAGACAGAGGUCGAUCUUUCAGGCCCCAAGGUAGAUAUCAGUGUCCCAGAUGUGAGCAUCGAAGGUCCAGAGGGCAAACUGAAAGGUCCUAAACUGAAGAUGCCAGAAAUGCACAUGAAUGUUCCUAAAAUCUCAAUGCCUGAGAUAGACUUGAAUUUGAAAGGCCACAAAACGAAGGGAGGCUUUGACAUUUCAGCCCCAAAGAUAGAAGGUAACCUGAAAGGUCCUGAAGUAGAUAUCAGGCCAGAAUUUGGAGUCAAAAGCCCUGAAGUUGAUGUCGAAUGUCCUGACUUGAAUAUUGAAGGCCCAGGCAAUGUCAAAUUUCCCAAGUUUAAGAAGUCAAAGUUUGGGUUUGGGAUGAAAGGCCCGAAGGCAGAAAUCAAGGUCCCGGGGGCAGAAGUGGAUUUACCUGAGGCGGAGCUGAAUGUGGAGUCGCCUGAUGUCAAUGUUGCUGGAAAGGGUAAGAAGAGCAAGUUCAAAAUGCCCAAACUUCAUAUGAGUGGCCCUAAAGUUAAAGGAAAGAAAGGUGGGUUCGAUGUGAAUGUGGCUGGUGGAGAGCUCGAUGCGAAUUUGAAAUCUCCUGAUCUGGAUAUGAACGUAGCUGGUCCGGACGUGACGAUAAAAGGUGAUGCGACGGUGAAGUCCCCCAAAGGGAAGAAACCCAUGUUUGGGAUCUCCUUCCCAGAUGUUGAAUUUGAUCUUAAAUCGCACAGAUUCAGAGGAGGGGAUGCUUCUGUGGCAGUCCCAAAAAUAGAGGGGGAACUUAAAGGGCCUGAUCUAGAAGUCUCUGUGCCAACUGCCAAAGGUGACGUGAAAGGCCCAAGUCUCAAUGUGGACGUUGAAGCUUCCGACAUGAGCCUGAAGAAACCAAAGUUCAAAUUUCCCAGUGGGCAGGUGGGCGUAGGGGACUUGAAAAUUGAGGGCGACCUGAAAGGACCCGCCAUUGACAUUGCCGUUCCCUCAAUCCCAGUGCCAGAUGUCGACUUAAAUGUGAAAGGACCAAAAGUAAAGGUGAAGUCAGCGUGCCUAACAGAACUGGAAGGUCCUGAAGGAAAGCUGAAGUUGCCCAAGGGGGGGAAAAUGGGUGUCGGUCUGGAAAUGCCGGAUGCAAACUUGGAUCUCUCGGUCCCAGCCGUGGAAGGAAGCGUGAGCCUCCCUUCAGCUGAUGUGAACCUCCGAGGUGUUGAUGUAAAGCUCAAAGGGCCCCAAAUCUCUGGACCCGAUUUUGACGGAAACCUGAAAGGACCAAAAAUAAAGGGAGAUCUGGAUGUUUCGAGUUCUGUGGAAGGGCCGAAUGUCAGCCUGGAUGCGCCAGGUGUUGACAUUGGAGGCUUGGAAGGAAAGCUGAAGCUGCCAAAGUUUAAAUCCCCCGCUCUGGGGGCACCUGACCUGAGCGUGAAAGGAGGCGUCGACUUCGUCCCACAAAUGGAGGUGGAUGCAAAAGCCCUGGAUGCAAAUCUCAGUCUCGGCAUCCCAGGCCUUGAUAUCAAAGGGCCCUCAGUGGACGUUUCUGCCCCGGAUUUGGAUGUAAACCUGAGAGGACCAAAGUUGAAAGGAGAUCUUGACGCUUCUGCUGGCAUUAAAUCUCCCAAAGCAGCAGUAGACGCGUCCGAUGUUGGCUUUGAAAUUCUGGGUGGCACAAUCAAGCUCCCGUCCCUCAAGCUCCCCCAGUUUGGUAUUUCCAGUCCUGGUGUGGAUGGAGCUGAUGUAGGCGUCAGUCUUGAAGGUCCCCAAGUGAAAGGAGGCCUGAAGGGUUCAGGGGCUGGUGUUGGGUUGGAAGGACCUGACGUGGAAUUGAAAGGGCCGAAAUUUCAAAUGCAGUCACCCAGUGUUUCCUUGCCGGACGUUGACCUGAAGCUGAAAGGACCAAACCUACGGGGCGGUGUAGAUGUUGCCGGUGAAAUCAAAGGUCCAAAAGUCAGCGUAGAAGCACCUCGUGUUGACAUUAAGGAGCCUGGAGCGGGCGUCCACCUCGACGCUCCUGCCUUGGAUGCGUCUGCGCUGAAAGUUUCCGGGUCAGGUUUUAACGUCAACGUAAAAGGGCCGAAGAUCAAAGGUGGUGCCACCAUUUCUGGAGAGGCGGCAGCACCAGCUGUGAGUGCCGGCGGGGGAGCUUUUCACAUUACUGGCCCGAAGGUAGGAAUCGGAGGUCCCAGCGUCACCACGAGCGUCCUGCAAGGUAGCCCAGAAAGCAGCCUGGGAAAAGUAUCAUUCCCCAAGCUGCGAAUGCCUAAAUUCGUGUUUUCAGACCCUGAGGUGAAGGGCAGAGAGAUGGGGGUCGAUGUCGAGUUCCCCGGGGCGGACGCCAACCUCCAGGCUGGCGCCGCAGAGCUCGAGUUGGAGGACGCGGACGUCAGACUAAAGAAAUCCAAAAUCAAAAUGCCCAAGUUCAAUUUUUCCAAGCAGAAGGGAAAAAGCAGCGGCGCCCUGGGCUCCCCGGAGGUUUCCGGGUCCGUUUCGGGAUCGAAAGGUGACCUGAAGAGCUCCAAGGUCAGCUUGGGGUCCGCAGAAGGCGAGCUCGAUGGGGGAGAGGGUCCGUCGGCGAAAGGGAAGUUCUCCCUCUUUAAAAGCAAGAAGACGCGUCACCGGUCGUCGUCCUUCAGCGAUGAGCGCUCUUCCCACUCGACGCCCACAGGAACCCUGGAGCUGGACAUCGGCUCGGGUGCCGACAAGGGGAAACAGGGCAAAAUGAAAUUCGGGACGUUUGGGGGGAUCGGCUCAAAAACUAAAGGUUCUUACGAGGUGACGGGAAGCGACGAGGAGCUGGGGAAGGCGCAGGGCAGCGGCGUGUCGCUAGCAUCCAAAAAAUCCCGCUUGUCUUCCUCCUCCAGCAACGACAGCGGGACAAAGGGCGGCUUCCGCAUGCCCGGGGUGGAGCUGACGGUGGCCAAGAAGAAAGAGUAGGGCGGCUGUACAUAGGUGCCUGUGUAUAUAGGUAGCCCUUCUCGGGUUUGUAUAUACAUUUUGUAGCUUGGGCUACUUUCAACCUCAGCAAGCAAGCCAGCGGGGUCCGGUGGGAAGCGUCGCGGUGGGCGCCGAGGGGGGGGGGCGGGUUGCGGCGGGUCCACGGUUGGGUCCAGCCACGUGGAAGCUUCUCCGCGCUUGAGACGGCAGCUUGUGCAUGAAAUGCUGAGAGCUUAAGUUUACUAGCAAGCUAUUUUUGAUAUUUUUUUUUUUUCCCCCAUUUUACUGAAUAUUUUCAGUGUUUGGUUCGUGGAAACGAGGUUUGUUUUUUUUUUUUUUUUUUCCCCCCUCCAUCUUAACAGUCUUUUUUUGGCUUUUAUUUGCGGGGCUGAAACUUCUGUCAGACAAAUAGAUCUAUUAAAAAAAAAACCAACAAAAAAACAAACCACCACCCUGUAAAACGCAGCUGUAACCGAGACGCGUCCAUUGAACUCCUGCUACGGGGUUGGAAAAAAUAAUCCGAGUGUUUCCCGUGGUUUGGUUGCGUAAGGGCAUGAUAUCAAAUAACCUCCAGCGGUGUGCGGCGGGAGGGAAAGGACGGUUAACGAGCAAGUAGCCGGCCCGUUUGUGCAGGAAAUGUCUCGAAAGGUUUUGCGUAUUGCCACUAAGUGACCGAGCUUGAUUUUAUUUUAUUUUUUUUAUUUUUAUUGAUGUGUUCUUUGUUGCCUCUACACAUUUGUUACAUUAUUUGUAUUAUAAGAGAAAAGAAAAAAAAAAUUUGUCUCAGUUGCGGCCUGAAACCUCGCAACGGCUGCUUUUCCGGCGUUUGGUAUAAUUUUUGUUAACGAGUAUAUCUUGUGUUUCAAAAAAAAAAACAACCAGCAAACCAAAAAAAAAAAAAAAAAGCAAAACCCCUUUCAGCACUUUAAUGGCAAAUUAACUGAGAAUGUAAGAAGAAUGAUCUUGUAAAAUGCAAAUAAAAAGUUUAUUAACCGUGA